UGUUUUAGCCCAUAGCCUAUGGUAGAACCGUGUUGUGCAUUUCUUUUACGUAUUAAUGUCAGGUAUUAAGUUCAGAUUUUCUAUCUUUGGCGUUUUUAACGUAAAAAGUAGCGUAGAACUCAAUUGAAAUAUGUAGACUUUUGGUCGACCAACAAUUUAACCAACUUGUCACCACGCAAUCCCUAGCUUCUGAUCAGAUACAGCAUCAAGCUAUUUUAGCAGUUUAAACGGUGUCAAAUACUGAACUUUAUAUGUUCAAUGGAUGAUGAGAAGACAUUGACAUAUUUAAUCAAGCUUGCCCAGAAUGGCGAAUUGUGCACGCUUAAAAAUAUAACUUGGUGGCAACAUUGUUGCACAAUUUGUCAACAAAAAACAUUUCGGGAAAUCAGGUGAUAAAUUGUUGCAUUAUGCUGCCCGUCAUGGCCACUUGGACUGCAAUUUUAGUAAAAGAGAUUGGGAUGGACAUAGAGCUGUACAAUACCCGACAACAAAAGAGCUCUGCAUAUGAAGCUGCGUCCAUGGGACAGGGGUGUUUGAGGACCCCUCUGAUGAUGGCCUGCACCCGGAGGAACCUGGGUAUGAUCCAGGAACUACUGUCCCACGAGGCUGACCCCAUGCUGAAGAACAAGGACGGCUGGAACUCCUUCCACAUCGCCUGCAGGAAGGGAGACCCAGCGGUCAUACAGCACCUCCUACUGGCCAACCCGGAAGUCUGGAGGACAGAGAGCAAGACGCUGAGGACUCCUCUGCACACUGCAGCAAUGCACGGCUGUGAAGAAGUGGUCAGCAUCUUGGCACAGAGGUGUGGUUAUGUUCCGGAUGGCAGGGACAGCUGUGGGGUCACUCCCUUUAUGGACGCAGUGAGGAACGGACACAUAUCUGUGGCCAAACUACUGCUGGAGAAGCAUCAGGCCACUCCGACUGCAGCAGACAUCCCGGGGGCCCAGUCGGUGCACCAUGUUGCUGUCACAGCCCAGGAGGAGGCGCUAGAGUUCCUAGUGAGGGACCUCGGAGUGGACGUGAACCAGACAGCCACUGACAUGCAGCUCACUUCCCUGCACUACGCUGCCAAGGAGGGUCACACAGGCACAAUCAAAGCACUCCUCACAUUAGGAGCAGGUACUGAACAGCUCUUCAUAUGGCGUGUACAGGACAGCAUGCAGAUGCGGUCAGGACAAUCCUACAUCCUACAGCUGGGGCUAGUAGGCGUGGUGGAUGCCUCGGGCACUACUGCUCAACAGCUUGCCAAAAAAACAGACGUGCUCAGAGUGUUUGAAUGUGAUUUGACAUCAACUACUGUCUGAAUGGAGAAUCAAUAAAUGAUAGACAUUAAUGGUAUUCUGGAUGGCAGAA